ACAACCAUUUUUAAUCACAAGAGAACUCAUCUUGAGAUACAACCAUACACAGAAUCUACGGGAGAAGGAAUAUUUAAGGGAAAUUAUUAGAAAAAAUAUUCUUAGAUGUAAGAGAAAAUUGGGUCUCAAAACCUUAGGCUCUGGGAAGCAUGUGAAUAUUUCUACUGGGUGGAUUGAAGCAACAUAUCUGGCUCAAUGCAAGGGAGACAUCCAAGAAGAUGCUUUAAAUAUGCUUUAUGCUUCCCUGGACCAUGCUCCCUUUGACUAUGAUCAACUACCUGCCUUAUUUUUUGUUGCAGAGUCAGUUUUAUAUAGACUCUGUUGUGAUGCAUUCAUAAAGACAUACUUAUAUUCAGUUGAAAUGAAGUUGGCAAAGAUCGGCUAUUUGGUCUUCUUACGACUUUUUAUAUUUUGCUUUCAUGGUUGCUUAGCAGAUUUUAAAGAGCAUUUACUUAGGCUUCGACCAUAUUUACAAGCACUUUCUUUAUCAGAAGAUACAUAUUAUAAGUAUCCAAACAUCUUUUCAAAUGUGGCAUUCAUCCUGAAAACCUCAGAAAUUAUGUAUGAAAGAGUACUAUUUUCUGAAUCAACUUUUAGUCAUAAAGGAAACACAGAAGACGACGAAAAUGUGUAUUCCUACAUAAAGGGAGGAUAUGAAGUUGACCACCUGCUCUGGCACUGUGUUGCUGUUUGGUCUUGUGUUCAAAAUAAUAGCCGAAAAUUGAACAAUGUGCUUGAACAUCUCAAGUUCCAGAAAACACAGCUUCUAAAGAAAUACUGGCUGGAUUCAGCACUGACUUUGUUGGUUCUUGGAGAAGCUUCCAAAUUAAACAUGGCCUGCUUGAAAGCUUUAAUGGAUCUAGUAACAUAUUUUAUUUCAAGCAUUAUGUUUGCUCAGAAUCAGGAAGAAAGCUACAAGGACAAUGAUUUUUCCUGGGCCUGGAUUAUAGUCUACAUAUACAUAACAAUUCUUACAGAAAUCUGCUUAUAUGCAGCCACUUCUGAUUUGCGAAAAACUGCUUUCAUUGGUUUCUGUAAUUGUAAAAGUUCAGAAAAAAACAUUUACACCAAAUCAGAAGAAAAACCCAUAUUAAGGGAAGCGAGUUUUUUAGGUCUUCUGAAAUAUUUCUCUUCAGAAAUAUCAGAAAAUUGUAAUCAUGUAAUCUGGACUGGAUACUAUGGAUUAGUGUAUAACCUGGUGAGAUUGUCUUGGGAGCUUCGGGGAGAUGAGGAAGAGGAUGGACUGAGAAACAUAAUAUGGCAAAUUUUACAGAAAACAAGACAUUCUGAGAAAGAUGAACGGAUUCAUAUUGCAAUUAAGAUAGCUCAGGCUGAAUUAAAUGACACAACUGAUCCUUUUACCAGUUAUGGUACAAAAGUUUCAUCAAAUGUAGGAGAUGAAACUUCAUCCAAAUAUAUAGGAUGGAGAAUUGCCAAUACACUUUCAAAACUAUUCUUUCCAUCCAUUGAUGCCCGUGCCUUUCCUUUGAUGAAACCAGCAACAAAACGAGACCAAAUGAAAUAUCAGAAGAAAAAGGAGGAGCCCACGAAGAAGAAAGUUCUGUGCAUCACUGUAAGGGAACAUCCUUCUAAGUCUGAACUCCCAAUGUUUCCAUAUCCAGAUUUGUUCACCAGGGUGGAUAAAGAGUUGGCAAGAAUCGUUGACCAUCACUGGCAAGAGGAGUUAAAGAUCCGACAGGAAGAAGAUGCCAUAUGUGAAGCUGAAGCACUUAAAGAUAAAGAGUUAAAAGAAAAAAAUCAUUUCAGAGAAGUUAUGAAGAAAAGAGAAGAGAAACUACAUAAGACAACCAAACCUUAUGAGCUUCCUUCAAGAACCGAAGCAAUUCCAGUAGAAAAAUAA